ACCGAUCACGGAAAGAGCCAAAGAUGUCGGCUCGGUCAUUUGAUCAGCUGUGUCCAAUCACAACUGAUCACUGAUCAUCAGGGCACUGAUGAUCAGUGUGCCCUGAUGAUCAGUGUAGCCCCAGCAGUGCCACCUGUCAGUGUCCAUCAGUGCCUCAUGUCAGUGCUCAUCAGUGCCUCGUACCAGUGCCCAUCAGUGCCACACAUUAUCAGUGCCUACCAGUGCACAUCAAUGCCACAUUAUCAGUGCCCAUCUGAGCUGCCUUUCAGUGUCACCCAUCAGUGCCAGUCAAUGCCGCCUACCAGUGUCCAUCAGUGCAGCCUAUCAGUGUCCACCACUGCAGCCUCAUUAGCUCAUAUCAGUGCAGGAGAAAAAUCACUUACUUACAAAAUUUUAUAA